AUGUUUUCGAAUGUUACCAUGGGCUGUCCCAAUGGGUUCCAUCCAUACCUAGAUAACCACACAAAUGCACUCACUCCAUGCUUUCUAUCUCUAGUGAAUCUUGUGUCGGUGCUAUUUUUCAGUUGCGUUGGUGUUAUACAACUUAUUCAGUUACUUCGUGAGACUAAAAUCCCUCCAAAUUUCAAAUAUAAAUUCAGAUGGAGUUCACUCCCAUCAAGACAUUUAUUACAUAUUACAGAUAUAUCUUUGCAAGUUGUCAUACUAGUCUUGCAACUUUGUGUUUUAUUUAGCAAUUCCAAGUCUGAACAGCCAUUGAUCACACAAUAUGCCAUAUUAUCAAAUAUUGGAUUUUUAGUUCUCAUAUCAUACCCAACACAGUACUUAGAAUACUAUAAGAGUCCAUGUACCAUUGGUAACCAAAUAUUCUAUUUUAUGUUUCAAAUAUGUUUAGUAUCUUUUCAAAUUAUUCAACGAUUCACCCAUGGCAAUAGAGACGCAUUAGUGACAGUGUCAGGAAAAUACUCUUCCAUAUUGGAAUGUCUUCUAUUGUUCAAUACUAUCGUUAUUUUUAUAUAUGAAACGAGAUAUUUUAAGCCAGCUCCUCAAGUUAUCGACUUCUACAAGUCCAAUGAUUUAUUUAUUACUAACCAUGCAUUGGCUGAUAUUUGGUUUAUGUGGAUGAAUAAACUGAUUUCCCAAACCUACAAAGAUAAAAAAAUUAAGGAUCCUCAUAAUUUACCUUUACCUCCAAUCGAUUUAGAUAUUAGAACUAUUGCCACUAGAAUGGAAAGCUCAUGGGAAAAACAGAAAUGGAAUGGCACAAAUUCCAUAUUGAGAGUUAUCUUAACUACAUUUUGCAAAUCGUUGAUUAUUGCUAUGUUAUAUGAAACAACGACUGACAUAUUGACUGUAAUCGAACCACAGUUCCUAAGAGUUUUCAUUAAAACAUUUGAAAUGAAUGAAACUAAUGUUUAUCCCCCUUUACAAGGUGCAAUAAUUGUAGUCGCUUUAUUCUUAUCAAAGUUUAUUUCGACUUUAUUAGGAAAUCAAUUUUAUAUUAAGAUAUUUGAAGUAGGUUUGGGUAUUAGGGGUUCAUUGAUGGCAUUGGUAUAUAAAAAAUCAUUAAGAAUUUCAUCUGAUGCUCGUCAAAAACAUUCUUCUGGUGACAUCAUCAAUUUAAUGUCUACUGAUGUCUUGAAUCUACAAAGAUUUUUUGAAAACUCUCAAUCCAUCAUUGGUGCACCAAUUCAAAUUGUUAUUGUAUUGAUUUCGUUAUAUUUGUUAUUAGAUAAGGCAGUUUUUGCUGGUAUGAUUAGUAUGGUGAUUAUGAUUCCAAUAAACGCAUAUUUAUCGAGAAAAGUCGGUUCAUUGUAUAAAACUCAAAUGAAGUACAAGGAUUCUAGACUAACAAUAUUGACCGAAAUUUUAAAUUCUAUCAAGUCUAUCAAAUUAUACUCAUGGGAAAAACCAAUGCUAAAGAAGUUAUUACAUGUCAGAAACGAUUUAGAGUUAGAAAAUUUUAAAAAAAUUGGUAUCUUUAGUAAUCUUAUCUUUUUUGCAUGGAAUUGCGUUCCUCUAAUGGUCACUUGUUCUACUUUCUUAAUCUUUUCUAUGAUCAGUGACGUUCCGCUAUCACCAGAUAUCAUUUUCCCUUCGUUAACAUUAUUCAACAUUUUAAAUGAUGCAAUCUAUGUUGUACCAUCGACCAUAAAUGAUGUUAUUCAAGCUAACAUCUCUAUGAAAAGAUUAAGAGACUUUUUAUUAGCUGAAGAACUAGAUGAUUCGUUUAUUGAGUAUAAAUCGCCUUCUGAAACUGAUGAUGCUCCGGUAAUUGAAAUUAAUAAUGCUACCUUUUUAUGGCAAUCUAAGAAAAUAAUUAAUGAAAACAGCAGCACAGAUGAAGAAAGUAAUAUUGAAACAUCGAAAGCUGCUCUAAAAAAUAUUGAUAACUUUACCGUAAAAAAGGGUAGUCUAACGUGUAUUGUUGGUAAAGUUGGUUCUGGUAAGAGUACCAUAUUACACGCAAUUUUAGGUCAAUUACCAUGUAUAAGUGCUUUAGACCAAACCAGGGCUCCAAAAGUUACUAUUAGAGCUACCAGCAUUGCUUACUGUCCACAAGAAGCAUGGAUCAUGAAUAGUUCAGUCAAAGAAAAUAUCGUUUUUGGUCACAAACAUGAUGAAAACUAUUAUAACCUUGUUAUCCAAGCUUGUCAAUUAGCAUCAGAUCUAAGCAUUUUACCGGAUGGAGAUGAAACUAUAGUGGGUGAGAAAGGUAUUUCUUUAGUCGGGGGGGUACAAAAGGCACGUAUAUCGCUAGCUAGAGCGGUAUACGCGAGAGCUGAUGUAUAUUUAUUAGAUGACAUAUUGUCUGCAGUAGAUGCACACGUCAGUAAAAACAUUAUUAAAUAUGUUUUAAGUAAGGAAACGGGUUUACUGAGAAAUAAGACAAUUAUUUUAUCUACAAAUAAUGUUAACGUUUUAAAGAAUUCUCAAAAAAUAUACGCAAUUGAAAAGGGUGAAAUUGUUGAAGAGAGUGAUUAUGAAAAUGUUAUGAACUCUUCAGAUGCUUCCAGAAUCAAAAAGCUAAUUGAAGAGUUUGGAACUAGUACCUCAAAUUCUAAUGAAGUCAAAGAAACCAGUAGCGAGAAUUCCUCGAGUGAAAUUGAGGAUAAAACUUCCAAUGCAACUGAACUCUUGAAAAAGAAAGAUAUUGAUGAAGAUAAUGAUAUUGUAGAAUCCAUAGUUUCUUUUGAUGCAGAAAAUAUGUUCCAAAAUAUUUCAAUGGUCAAUUCUAGAAGAGCAUCCAUGGCUACCCUAAAGCGUAAGCCAGUACUUGAUUUAGAUAAAUCAAAGAAAAAAACAGCUCAACAAGAAGAGACAAAAGAAGAAGGGCGUGUUAAAACUAGAGUUUACAUAGCCUAUAUCAAAGCUUGUGGUGUUACUGGUGUUAUUUUGUUUUUUGUUUUUAUGAUUUUGACUAGAAUAUUCGAUUUAGCAGAAACUUUUUGGCUAAAGUAUUGGUCAGAAUCUAAUGCCAAGGCUGGAUAUAAUAAGGAUUUUUUGAAAUUUGUUACCAUUUAUGCCAUAAUUGGUUUAUUAUCAGCGGCUUUUAAUAACAUUCGUACCGUUAUUAUGUUGUUAUAUUGUUCUAUUAGAGGAUCAAAGAAACUUCACGAUGGAAUGGCACUAUCUGUCAUGCGUAGUCCAAUGAGUUUCUUUGAAACUACCCCAAUUGGCCGUAUUGUCAACAGAUUUUCUAGUGAUUUAGAAGCCAUUGAUAGUGGUUUGCAAUAUAUAUUUUCAUUUUUUUUCAGGUCUGUUUUAAUUUAUGUGGUUUCUUUAAUUUUAGUUGGUUAUAAUCUACCUUGGUUUAUUGCGUUAAAUGCAGUUUUGAUCAUGAUAUAUUUCUAUUACCAAGCUUAUUAUAUCAUGUUAAGCAGAGAAUUAAAAAGAUUGACGACAAUUUCAUAUUCACCAAUUAUGUCGUUAAUAAGUGAAACACUUGGUGGAUUCUCUGUUAUUAAUGCAUUUGAUCACACGUCGAGAUUCAAUUUCUUUAAUUUUGAAACUGUUCAAUAUAACAUCGACUGUGUUUUCCAGUUCAGAUCCACUAAUAGAUGGUUAUCGGUUCGUUUACAAACCAUUGGUAAUUUGAUUAUUCUUGCAACCGGUUUAUUAUCAUUUGCUACCUUAGGAACAAAAAAACAAUUGAGUUCUGGUAUGGUUGGUUUGUUGAUGAGUUAUUCUUUACAAGUUACCAGUUCAUUAAUGUGGAUUGUAAGAAUGACAGUUCAGAUUGAAACUAGAAUUGUUUCUGUUGAAAGAACCCUAGAAUAUUGUGAGUUAAAACCAGAAGCUCUAGAAAUUAUUGAAAACUCUAGGCCACCAGAAGGCUGGCCAAGAGAAGGUGCAAUUGAAUUCAACAACUAUACUACCAAAUAUCGUGAGAAUUUAGAUCCUGUGCUAAAAGAUAUAAAUGUUUCUAUUAAACCAAAAGAAAAAAUUGGAAUUGUCGGUAGAACAGGAGCAGGAAAAUCAACUUUGACCUUAGCAUUAUUCAGAUUAAUUGAAGCCACUGGCGGCUCUAUCUCAAUUGAUGGAAUUGAUAUCUCUAAAAUCGGUCUAGAAGAUUUGAGAAGUAAUCUAGCUAUUAUCCCACAAGAUGCACAAGCUUUUGAAGGAACGAUUAGAAGCAAUCUAGAUCCAUUUGAUCAACAUUCAGAUGAAGAAUUAUGGAGAGCUGUAGAGUUGUCACAUUUGAAACAGCACAUACUAAGAAUGAAUGAAGAGGCUAACGAUAGGGAGUCAGACUCGAGUAGAACAGACAUAACAACACCUGAUAGUCACAAUAUUAAAGAAUUACUAGCCACUCCAAUUUCAAAAAAUGGUUCUAAUGUUUCUGUUGGUCAAAGACAAUUAUUAUGCUUAUCAAGAGCAUUAUUAAACCCAUCAAAAGUUCUAAUUUUAGAUGAAGCCACGGCAGCCAUUGAUAUGGAAACAGAUAAAAUUGUCCAAGACACUAUUAAAAACGAAUUUAAAGAGAGAACAAUUUUGACGAUUGCACAUAGAAUAGAUACAGUUAUGAAUUAUGACAAGAUUCUUGUUCUGGAUAAGGGUGAAGUUGCUGAAUUUGACACAGUUUCUAAUCUAUUAUCUGAUAAAAACACUAUGUUCUAUAAGCUAUGCGAACAAGGUGCAUACUUAAAAGAAUAG